AUGCUUGAUCAGAUACCUUCGGAGACCCUUCAGCAGGUGUUGCGGCCGCUCAAGCCUCAAGACCUCAAACGUCUGAAGCUAACCAACAAAAUUCUCGCAGCACACGUUACUCCCAUCCUAUUUCGCAAGAUCUCCUUCACCAUCCUGACACUAGACCGGGUCUACGGUGUUGUGGACAGUCCCAAUUUGUCGCAGUUUGUGGAAGAACUGUCAUACUACGAACUAGCGGCUCGCCAACAUCAUUGUCAAAUUCAGCAUCCGCAUCAUACCUCUGUCAAAGCUUUCCUCGUAGAGGACUGGGACGUACCACUAGGACUCAGCGAAGAAGAUUGCAGCACUACAAUUGACCUACUAUCGUUGGCCAAAGUGGUAGUCGAACGGGGAAUGCAGGCAAUCGUCGACCUCUAUGCUGAAAAGGCAAUGCUAGAGAAGAGCGACAUUCUGUACCUGACCUGUCGGUCCGCAUUUCGACGGCUUCCGAAUCUACGGCAUGUUGUGUGUACUGAAGCCUUGAAUAACUUCACAGUCAAUCACCUCGAUUUCAGACGCACCGAUGCCUUGAAGGAAUUCCUCGACCUAUUCCCCAUCGCUCACGCCGGUGUACGCGCUGUUCUGCAAACGCACACUGUCACUGCCUGGCCUGCACGUGGAUUUCUGGACAUUUGCCGAGCAAUGGGAGAUCAGUACUGCAACCACAACAUUCAGCAUCUGGAGGUUCGGCCUGACCAACAUCUUCUUGUCGAUCGUGGGCUCGAUCUCGACACGAUUGACAUGAAUUUGGGCCAUCGAAUCUCGGACAGUGCCUGGGCAGGCGCCUUCCGGAAUUUGACCAGUUUGACAUUGCGUCUGGAGUUAAAACACAGAUGCCACAGAGCGCGUUCGGACCCAAAUCUCAAUAGGCACCCACACGCAUAUCGCCUCCUGAAGGCCUUGUCCAAAGCUUCGAAGUUGAGAAAUCUCAAGAUCUGCCUCGGGUCGUCUUCAAAGAACCAGUUUUCGGCAGAUGGGCUCCAUGGAUGGCUACCGAGGGUGAAGUUCCCAGAACUUCGCUCCCUUUGCUCUCAAAUGAUCUACUUUACCACAAGUUGGCUAGCACAGUUUCUUGUCAACCAACAAAGAUUGAAACAUUUGGUGUUGAAAGAAAUGUGCCGGGCCGUUCACUGGUCAUCCCUAUUCAGAAAACUGUCUCAAAGAAAAGAUUUUGUGCUGGACUCGAUUCAUCUUCCCAAUUUUAGCCAUGAUGGUUGCGCGAGUCCAUCCGUUGCCACUCCUAGAGAGGAAGAUGAAACUACCAGCCCUGAGCAAGGGGAUGACCUCUCGGAAUUUCCAGAGAUGUCAGAAUUGGAGCACGAAGAGACACCUUCCCCACGGCAGGGCGCUUACGGUCAUGAGUAUGACCCUGCGUUUGGUGUAUACACCGAGAAACUCUGUCACCCCAUUUGA